GCAUUUUUCUCUCUCUCCCAUUUAGUAGAAGUGGUUCGUUGCUUGAGUGGGGCAUUGCAAGUUGGCUGCGGGGCCUUUGCCUGCUUGGAGAACACCACCUGCGACACCGAUGGGUUGUAUGACAUCUGCAAGUCUUUUCUGUUCAACGCUGCCAAGUUUGACACUCAGGGUAAAGUGUUUGUGAAGGAAAGUCUGAAGUGUAUAGUGACUGGAAUAACAUCCAAAGUGUUCCUGGCUAUCCGCAGAUGCUCCAGCUUGCAGCGAAUGAUCUCUGAAGUCCAGGAGGACUGUUAUUCCAAAUUAGAGCUCUGCAGUGUAGCUCGAUAUAACCCAGAAGCAAUCACGGAGGUUAUACAUCUUCCACAGCAUUUUUCCAACAAGUAUUACAACAAGCUGGUAAAUAGCAUAAUGGACUGUGAUGAAGAGACUGUCAAAUCCAUAAAGGACAACCUAAUGAACCAGAUUGGCCCUAAUUUAGCUAGCCUCUUCAAAACCCUGCAAGGUGACAAAUGUUCCCAGCAACAGCCUAAAGUAGACUUUAACCGAAAGAGAAAUGUCGAUCCACAGAAACUUCGGGUAUAUCUGCGCAGUUUCCGAAAUGAAGGAACCGUGACAAGUUCCUCUAACCAGGACUCUUCUGAAGAUGAUUAA